AUGUCGAACCGAGAUAGGAUCGAACAAACUGCAGGCCAGUCCACCGAGGCAUCCUACGACAUGAAGUAUUACGAAGAUGUCUCGCUAGACGAGAAGAGAGGCAUUCGGAGCCGGCCUGAUGCUCCGACAGAGGAGGACCUGAAGACGCUGCGUCGGGUUUCGGAUCAUAUUCCCUUCAAGAUAUUCACAAUUGCCUUCGUCGAGUUGUGCGAGCGCUUCUCUUACUAUGGAUCCAUCAUCGUUUUGGACAGCGUAAGUUUGUUUUCGCGCAUUCACUACCGCGAGGUACUGACUAGACUAGUCACCAACUUCAUUCAACAACCUCUCCCACCUGGGUCUACGACUGGCCGCGGUACCGACUCUCCGAAAGGCCAGCCGGGCGCUUUGGGAAUGGGUCAGCAGGCUUCGACAGGCAUCACGACUUUCAAUCAAUUCUGGCAAUACUUUAUGCCCCUCUUCGGUGCCUGGGUUGCGGACAAAUACUGGGGGCGGUAUAAGACUAUUUGCAUUGCCAUCGCCAUCGACCUCGUUGGUCACCUCAUCUUAAUAUCUUCGGCCAUUCCACCGGUCAUCACCAAACCGAAGGAGAACUCCCUGACGGCUCUUAUGGUUGGCAUGAUUGUCAUUGGCUUUGCAACUGGAGGUUUCAAACCGAACGUCUCUCCAUUGAUUACGGAACAAUUGGACAUCGAGCAUUUGACCGUUCGUACUUUGAAGAGCGGCGAGCGGGUAGUUGUCGAUCCAGCCAUCACGGUCAACCGCGUCUACAACUGGUUCUACUUAUUCAUCAACGUCGGUGCACUCGUUGGCCAAAUAUCGAUGGUAUACGCCGAGAAGUAUGUUGGGUUCUGGUUCAGCUUCACGCUCCCGACUUGCAUGCUCGCGCUUUGCCCUUUGGUCAUGUGGUGGGGAAAGGGAAGGUAUCGAGACCAGCCUCCCUCAGGAUCCGUCCUGGGCCCGGCUUUGAGGACGUUUUUAUAUGCACAAAGGGGCCGCUGGUCGAUCAAUCCGGUUAAAACUUGGCGAAACAUGCACGACGGAACGUUCUGGGAGAGCGUGAAGCCCUCUAAUUUCAGCGAUGCUACUCGACCCAAAUGGAUGACCUUUGACGACGCCUGGGUGGACGAACUACGCCGAGGGUUCGCAGCAUGUGCCGUGUUCUCAUGGUACCCGAUUUAUUGGCUCUCGUACAACCAGCUGAACAACAAUCUUGUCUCUCAGGCGGCAGUGAUGCAGCUCAACGGCCUUCCUAACGACAUCCUUUCCAAUCUCGACCCGUUGGCUCUAUUGAUCUUUAUUCCCGUAUGCGACUUGCUCCUCUAUCCUACUCUCCGCAAGAUGAGAAUUCGAUUUACUCCCAUCAGAAAGAUCACCUUCGGCUUCUUUACCGGAUCAGCCGCAAUGGUGUGGGCUUGUGUGCUUCAGUACAAGAUCUACCAACGCUCCGUGUGCGGUGAGAAUGCGUCUGGCACUCUGCCCAAUGGCGAGGCGUGCCCCAAUGUCGACAUCAACGUGUGGGCUCAAACAGGCGCCUAUGUUCUCAUCGCCCUCUCAGAGAUUUUCGCUAGCAUCACGAGCCUGGAGUAUGCUUUCAGCAAGGCCCCCAAGAACAUGCGUUCCAUGGUUCAAGCGGUUGCGCUUUUCAUGUCCGCCAUUUCAGCCGCUAUCGGUCAGGCUUUCACCCCGCUGAGUACGGACCCCUACUUGGUUUGGAACUACGGCAUUGUUGCGGUUCUCGCCGCUGUUGCAGGUGCGAUUUUCUGGAUUCAAUUCCGCGGAUUGGACGCCGAGGAGGACUCUAUGAACGAACUACCCGAGGGCCAUGUCGGCGCGGGGGCUCCUUCCGACGGGGGUGUGCUGGGUAUGGAGUUGGGAGAAGUCUCGCAGGUCGGUGGUAAUAAGAAAGGAUAUUGA